AUGGGAAGUGGAGCAGGUAAAUCUCUUACAAUUCCAGUUGUUUAUACAGAAUCGUAGACUAAUCAUCUUGCUAAUUUUAAAACGACUAAUAAAUAGAAAUUAACAAUAACAGAUCCUUAUAUGAAACUUCAAUUAGGUUAUCAUACUAUUCCAUUAAUUGUCCGAAAAGUAGACACUAAAUAGGAAAUAAAGGUUGUUCAUGGUGUAGUAGGUUUAAAAAAUUUGGGAAACACAUGUUAUUUCAACAGUGCUAUUCAUUGUUUAAGCCAUACAUAGCCUUUACUUGAUUAUAUGUUAUCGAAAGUUUUUGAAAAGGAAAUUAAUAGGAAUAGCAAAUUAGGAUCAAGAGGUUAGGUGACUGAAUGCUUUGCUUAAUUACUUAGUGAUAUUUGGAAGGAUGAAAGAAGUAUUGGAAUGAGUAGUAUAAGUAAUUUGAGUAUGGAAAUGCAAAAGAAAUAAAAAUUAUAUGAAAAUUGGGUAGAUCCCUUACGUUUAUUGAUGUUGAUACAGAAAUAUUCAAAGAGAUUUGAAAUAGGAUGUAAAUCAUUAGCAUAUUUAAUUAGAGCAGGAGGAUUGUCAAGAGUUAUUGAGUUAUUUAUUAGAUAUAAUUCAUGAAGAUUUGAAUAGAUGUAAGAAGAAGGAGAUAAUUAAAGAAAAAGAUUAUAUAGGUGAACCAAAAGAAGAAUGGGCAGCAGAAUCAUGGGGUGAACAUCUUAAAAUCAAUAAGAGUAUUGUGGUUGAUUUGUUUUAGGGAUAAUUAAAAUCUAAAGUUGAAUGCAAAAUAUGUAAAUAUCAAAGUCAUAAAUGGGAACCAUUUUUAUUUCUAAAUUUACCUAUCAAAUAAUAAUAAUAAUAAUAAUAAUAAUAAUAAUAAUAAUAAUAAUAAUAAUAAAAACAACAAUCAUUUUAAUCUAAAACACUUGGAAGUUCCUAAUUAAAAUAAGACACAGUUUGUGAAUUAACAGAGUGUUUGGAUCAAUUUUAAUAGGAAGAAACUAUAUAAUGGAAAUGUCCAAAAUGUAAAGAAACUAGAGAUUGUAAAAAAGGAAUUAGAAUAUGGAAAUUACCUAAUAUUUUAAUUGUUCAUCUUAAGAGAUUUGAAUAUGGAUCUAAAUAGACAGGUAAGAUUACUUAGAAAGUUAAUUUCCCUAUUAAUUAAUUAAAUAUGUCUCCUUAUUGUUUUGAAUAGAAUGAUACUAUUUAUAAUUUGUAUGCAGUGGCAUAGCAUCAUGGUUCAUUAUAAUAUGGCCAUUAUGUUUCUAUUUGUAAACAUAGAAUUGAUAAUUAAUGGUAUAUGUAUAAUGAUGAUGCAGUUCAUUAGGUAAAAGUAUUUUAACUUUAGAUAUAAGAUCCUGAAAAGGUAAUAGUUGAUUCAUAAGCUUAUGUUCUAUUUUAUUAGAAAUAAACAGAAACUAUAUUUAGAUAAACUCUUACAGAUCCUAGUUGUUGGCCUCACAACUAAAGUGCUAAAAAAUAAACAACUGAUGAUUCAUCAAAAGAUUUAUGUUAAUAAGAAACAUUAAAAUUGAUGGAUUAUGAGGAAACUGAAUAACAAGGUUAAUUAGAUGAAACUAGUCCUCAUAAUCUCUCAAAUAAUUCAUUUAAAAUUCAAUAUUAAAAUGGAAAAAAAAAACUUCCAUCUUGUUAAAUUAUUAGAGAAUAAAACAAUAAAUCAACUUCAAUCUAUAAACGGUCACGGCCUUCAGAUGAUAAUUAAAAAAAUAAUAAUCAAUAAACUUCUAUUACUAGAAUAUAACAAGAUGUAACAUAAUUUCUAUUAAUUUGAAAGUGGGGUUUAGGGCCAGAAAAGGACACAUAAAAAGACAUAGACAAAAAUUUAGAAAAGAAAUCUAUAGAGUGGAGAUCUAAAGGUACUCGUAAAUGAAUAAUUAAUUUAAUUAAAAUAGUAUUUUUCCGUUAAAUAAUUUAUAUUCAAAAUGAAAACAAAUCAAAUCCCACGCUUUUUUUGUGUUGCUGAUUAUAAUAAAGAAAAUUUUAACAAUGGCACUAAACAUCAAAGAGUAUAAUCAUCAUUGGCAAUCAGAGAGAAGUCAUCAAACUCAUUUCAUACAAUGAUCCCACCUUAAAAACCAUAAUUAAAAUUGAAUGAUGAAUCUAGUAAUCGUACAAAAGAAGGAUUUCAUAGAGUCAAAACAGAUUCAAAUAUGUCAAUGCCUUUAAGAAAUGGAAGAAACCUCAGUAUUACUAGUGGAGUUGCUACAUUAUUAACAAAUAAAAGUUUUUAAUUGCCCAAAAAAAUUGAUAAUCCAUAAUCUGUCAAUGCAUAUAAAAAAGAAAUCGUGACAUAUAUGAAAGAAAAAAGUGUAAUUAAUCUAAUUUUAAUGUAGUGUCGAUCAAAUUAUAAACUGAAUGCUUUUUAAUUUCAAACUGAGAUUACAGAAAAAAUGCGAAGUAUCUUACUUGAUUGGAUAGUUGAUGUUCAUUUUAAAUUCAAAUUAGAUACAGAAACAUUAUUCUUAACCAUUUCAAUAAUUGAUAGGUAAAUUUUAUCAUAAAUUUGAGAGUACUUGAAAUUCAAUAGAUUACAAAAUCCAAAUUUUAACUGUAUGGAGUGACUGCCUUGUUUAUAGCAUCCAAAUAUGAAGAAGUUUAUUCUGUCCCUCAUGUAAGAGAUUUAGUUUAUGUUUGCGAUAAUGCAUAUACAAAAGAAGAGAUAUUAGCAACAGAGGGGAAAAUAAUUUAAUUGUUGGGAUUUGACUUACUUACAACAAGUCCUUUAAGAAUGUUAAAUGUUUAUUAAGAAACAGCAAAAUUGGAUCAAAAAAAUUACAUGUUAGCAAGGUAAUCUAAAUAUUUAAAUUAUUUAUAGAUAUUUAAUAGAACUCUCAAUUUUAGAAUAUUCAACGAUUUAAUUUUCUAAUAAUGUAUUGGCUAGUGCUUCUAUUUAUUUGGUCCAUAAAAUUAGAAGAAUCCAUCCCUCAUGGAAUUAAGAUUAGAUGGUUCCCCUUACUGGAUUAAAUGAAUAGGACAUUAGAAUUUGUGCAAAAGAAAUGUGCAGUCUAUUGUAAAAUCAAGAUAAAAAAUAAUUUGCAUCAAUAAAGAAAAAAUUUUCACUGCCAAAAUAUUGCGAGGUUUCAAAAAUAAGAAUAGAAAAGAAACCUUCAUAAAAUCUAUAAACCCUUCCAUAGUGAU